ACAGUCCCUUGGCUUGGUAGAAAGCCUCUUUGGAUCAAGAAAUGACAAUGGGUAUGUCGUUUUGGGUCUUCUCAGCAGUUUUGGCAGCAAUGUUUCUGAGCUAUUGCUCGCUUGCUCUCACACAAGAUGGUAUCACAUUGUUGGAAUUCAAAAGCACUUUGAAUGACACAAACAAUUUCCUUAGUAACUGGAAUGAUUCUGAUGAAUAUCCGUGCAAAUGGACUGGUGUUUCUUGCCAUCCCAAUGACCAAAGAGUUAUCUCCAUAAACUUACCUUACAUGCAACUUGGUGGCAUUAUAUCUUCAAGCAUUGGUAAACUCAGUAGAUUACAGAGAUUAGCACUUCACCAGAACAGCUUGCAUGGUCUUAUUCCUACUGAAAUUACCAAUUGUACUGAACUUAGAGCCCUGUACUUGAGGGCUAAUUACCUCCAAGGAGGCAUACCAGCUAAUAUUGGGAAUCUUUCUUUUCUCACCAUACUAGAUUUAUCAAGCAAUUCACUUAAGGGUGCAAUACCUUCUUCUCUUGGCCGUCUUACACGUCUUCGGUCUCUGAACUUAUCUACAAAUUUCUUUUCUGGUGAAAUUCCAGAUGUUGGAGUUCUUAGCACAUUUGGGAACAAUUCGUUCAUUGGUAAUUUAGAUCUUUGCGGCCAACAAGUGAACAAACCAUGUCGAACCUCACUGGGAUUUCCUGCAGUGUUGCCACAUGCUGAAAGUGACGAAGCCACAGGCCCUACUAAGAGAUCUUCUCAUUAUAUCAAAGGAGUGAUGAUUGGUGCAAUGUCCACCUUAGGUCUUGCAUUCAUUGUGCUCCUAGUUUUCCUCUGGGUUCGGUUUCUAACGAAGAAGGAAAGGGCUGCUAAGAAAUAUACUGAAGUCAAAAAACAAGUUCAUCAAGAAACAAGCACCAAGCUUAUCACUUUCCAUGGUGAUCUUCCAUAUCCUUCUUGUGAGAUUAUAGAGAAGCUUGAAUCCCUUGAUGAAGAGGAUGUUGUAGGUUCAGGAGGAUUUGGUACCGUGUAUCGGAUGGUUAUGAAUGAUUGUGGUACAUUUGCUGUCAAAAGGAUUGAUCGAAGUCGUGAGGGUUCUGACCAGGUUUUUGAGAGGGAGUUGGAGAUCUUGGGUAGCAUCAAACAUAUAAAUCUUGUCAAUCUGAGAGGUUACUGCAGGCUAUCUACUGCAAAGCUUCUUAUUUACGAUUACUUGGCCAUGGGCAGCUUAGAUGAUUUCCUGCAUGAACCGGAGGAAGACAAUCGAUCCUUGAACUGGAAUGCUCGUUUAAGAAUAGCUCUUGGUUCUGCCAGGGGUUUGGCAUACUUACAUCAUGACUGCAGCCCAAGGAUAAUCCACCGGGACAUAAAAUCUAGCAACAUACUACUUGAUGAAAACCUGGAGCCGCAUGUUUCAGACUUUGGCCUUGCCAAGCUUUUGGUAGAUGAAGAUGCCCAUGUCACAACUGUGGUUGCUGGCACUUUUGGCUAUUUGGCGCCAGAGUACCUUCAGAGUGGAUGCGCCACUGAGAAGUCAGAUGUAUACAGCUUUGGAGUUCUCUUGUUAGAGCUUGUGACUGGAAAGAGGCCUACUGAUCCAACCUUUGUAAAACGGGGUUUAAAUGUUGUUGGUUGGAUGAACAUCCUCUUGAGGGAGAAUCGAUUGGAGGAUGUUGUAGAUAACAGGUGUACCGAUUCAGAUAUGGAUACUGUAGAGGCAAUUCUAGAAAUAGCUGCCAAGUGCACCGAUGCAAAUGCAGAUGAUCGGCCAUCCAUGCAACAGGUGUUGCAGUUUUUAGAGCAAGAGGUCAUGUCACCUUGCCCCAGUGAUUUCUGCGAGUCUCAUUCAGAUUAUGCGUGAUAUACGUAUAGCAGUAAGUGACUAGGCUAAUGGAAAUGUGGAUUUUGCUGUAUUUAUUGAUCUUCUACAUUGUCUAUCUUAGUGUUACGCCCCGCCCUGUGGAACUUGUAUAUUAAAUGGUUGCAAGUGAUGAAUGUGCAUGUUGUCUUGCACUUUUUUUUAAUGGGCGGGUUUUACCAUAAUGACAAGUUUGUUUCAUUGUGGUUUAGGUGUCGUGGAUUUGAGUCAAAAUAUUUUUCAUCAAGUUGUGUAUGGC